UAAGGUUUUUUUUUAUAUAUAGACACCCAUACAACUCAAAACUAUUCAUGUGCUAGUGGUGAACCUUGUACUCGAAGUAAAUUUUCCUGUUAGCUUCAACGAUCAACCUUAAACUAUGGUGGGAGGAGGAAGUAAGCAUGUGGGAGAAGGAAGCAAACCGAAGAAAACUAAAGAUGAUGCGUAUGCAUAUCUUACGGCUGUAAGGAAUCAUUUUCACAAUGAUAAAAACAAGUAUGACGACUUUGUUACGAUCAUGUAUAAUUUUAAAACUCGGAGCAUUGAUAGGGAUGAUUGCAUAAAAAAGGUGGAGAAACUGCUUAGAGGACAACGAAACUUGAUUUCGGGUUUCAAUGCAUUUUUACCAGAGAGUUUGGAGAUCACUAAUUAUUACUCUGGGGCAGGAGAGGGUCGGUGAUGCUUUGGGAUUUUCUUCGUUCGUCUAAACCAAUAAAUUUGUUUUAAACCGAAUAAAUUAUAUGUAGUUCGUUCUCUUUAAUCCAUAUUUUAUUUAGGAAUCAUGAUUUGGGUUUGGCUAAUUUAUUUUAUAAAUAAGACUAUAUAAUCUUUGUU